AUGGCAUCAUCUUCAUCGCCUGGAAAAGUCAAUGCAUCAGCUGUUGCUGUUGUUGAUAACGACAGCAGUUCCAGUAGUAGUGAAGAAGAAGCAGAAGAGGAAGAAGACGUUCGUUUAUCAGCUAAGACACGCACGGCUUAUUCGUGUAUUCAAAUUAUCAAAGAAAGUCAUCGACAACAGAUUUAUGCAGUUGAAGUCAAUAAUCAAGUACAGUAUCAGAACGGAACUCUUUUCGCCAGUGUUGGUGCUAAUUCUAUUCAAAUUUAUAAAUUCGAUACGAAUACGAAUAAAACUCAACUCGUUCAUGCUUAUUUGGAUCCUGAUGCAAAUGAAGAAUAUUUUGCAUGUGCAUGGACGAUGAUUGAUGAUAAAAAGGAAGAAUCACCAAAGAUCCUUCUUGCAGCUGGCGGAGAACGUGGCGUUAUUCGUGUUCUUGACGUUCACCGAAAGACACAACACACAGCGCUUUUACAAACAGGCGCUGUUAAUCACAUAACAUUCGCCAAAGCCAAACCGAAUCUUCUUUGCACGGCCAGUAAAAAUUUUACAAUUACAUUGUGGGAUGUUCUCUCGUCUAUGUGUCUGGCUGUCUUCCACGGACCAAAUGGUCAUACAGAUCAAGUUCUUUGUGUGGAUAUAAAUGAUCAAUGUACAAUGAUGGCGUCUGCUAGUAUGGAUCGAUCGGUCUUUGUAUGGUCAUUAACGAGCGAUAAAAUUCGUGAACAGAUCGAUUUAGCUGAAAAUCCAAUACACGAACAAAAGCGACGAUUAAUCAAAGCAUAUCCUGUCGCUUUUGCCGAUAUCGAAGCGAAAGCCAAAACACUUCACUCACAUUACGUUGAUAAUGUUCAAUGGUAUGGUGAUGUGUUACUUUCUCGGUCGGCAGAUAAUACAUUUUGCCUAUGGCAACCAAUAAUUAGUAAUACGGCCAAAGCAUCAUCGUUCAAACUACUUCUAAAAUGGAUUGUCCAUGAAAAAGAAUAUAUCUGGUUUCUAAAGUUUGAUAUUUGCCGUGCUAUCCAAUUACUUGCGAUCGGAACAUUAGAUGGUCAGAUUCAAGUAUGGGAUCUUCGUCACCAUAUGCAUAAUCCAUCUGUCGAUUUUGUUAAACUAAAGAAUCAAAAUUCGAAAGCAAAAAUUAGUCGUGUAUCAUUCAAUUAUGACGUUUUUGCGCUUUCCUCCACAUAUGCCGCAAUCUAUCGUCCCGUUGUCCUCAUGCAUGGUAUCACAUCAACAGCUCGUGAUUUGUAUGAACUUGCUGGUUGGAUCAAUCAAACUUAUCCUGGAAUUUAUGUUGUAUCGAUCGAAAUUGGCAAUGGAUACGAAGAUUCGUUUCUUUUACCAAUGAAUCGUCAAGUUGAAUUGUUCUGUAAUACAGUACGAUCCGAUUCACGUCUUCAGCGUGGAUUUAAUAUGCUUGGCUUUUCCCAAGGCAGUAUCAUUGUUCGAGCGGCUGUAGAACGUUGUUCAUUACCUGUUUAUAAUCUUAUAACAUUGAACGGUAUCAAUCAAGGUGUCUUCGGUGUCCCGAAUCUUAAGGAACUUCCUCGACAGUUCCGAGAAUUGAUCAGUGAAUUUGCUUAUGAAGAUGCAGUUCAGGAUGUUAUCAGUGUUGCAGGUUACUGGCGUGAUCCAUAUCAAUUAGAUAAAUACUAUCGUCGUUGUCGUUUUCUACCAGAUAUCAAUAAUGAACUGCCUGUUCGAAAUGAGACUUAUAAGAUGAACAUGUUGAAAUUAAAUGCAUUUGUUAUGACCUAUUCCGAUGUUGAUGAAAUUGUUAUGCCUGGACAAUCGGGUUGGUUCUUAGGCUAUAAUCCAAAGUCAUUAGAAGUAGAAUCAUGGAAUCAAUCUCGACAAUAUACUGAUGAUCUUCUUGGCCUACGCACAUUGUGGGAACAAGGCAAAAUCCAUCAAUUUACUUCACACGUACCGCAUGGCAGUUCGGAUCAUGCGCCAAACAAAGAAUUCAUUUUUGAAAAUAUUAUGCCAUUUUUUAACAACACCCUAUCUGACGUGUAG